ACAGUAAUAAUAAUGUAAUUUAACUUUGAUCUGGCACUGGAACUGUUAAAUAUUAGUAGUCACUUGACAUGCUUUUGUUUAUUCUAGUCACUGCUUAUCAGUGCCAUCCCAGAACCCGACAUUCCCCACCCUCUACCUCCCUCUACCGGUGUUGAGUAAUUUAUGUAAAUUUGUUCAUGACGUGAAACCGGGAUCUUAUUCAAAGAAUCGCAUCUUCCGAACUGCAGAAAGCGAGAGAGCACAUGAUAAAGCAAACACACACACACAGAGAGAGAGAGAGAGAGAGAGAGAGAGAGAGAGAGAGAGAGAGAGAGAGAGAGAGAGAGAGAGAGAGAGACUGAGUUCAAUCUGCAGCAUAGCAAGGACACGCUCCGAACACACGGUCUUGCUUAACCGAAGCAAAGAGCACUACAGGACUGGAAGCAAAACAACAGAGAGCCAUGACCGACUCCAAGAAAAGUGAAAUGGACAUUCGGGACAAAGCCAUUCUGCAUCAGCAACGGCGUUUGAAACAAGCAACGCAGUUCACACACAAGGACUCUGCCGAUCUGCUACCCCUUGACGGGCUCAAAAGACUGGGGACUUCCAAAGACCUGCAACCUCACAGCAUUGUCCAACGUCGCCUGUUAGAAGGCAACAUCAAUCGCCUCGUUGGGGAGGGAAGAGAUGUCAGCUCCCGGGUUCGUUCUCCAUUGGCCGAAGAGAAGGUUGGACGCAAAGAAGUGAGGGAACCGAAGGAAGAAGAGGAAGAGGAGGAGGAGGAAGAAGAAGAAGAAAGUGAAGAAGAGGAGGAGCUCUCCAAAUCCUGGAAGUCUCUUGUUGUGAACUGCAAGUGCUGUGACAGGGAAGUGGAAGCCACUAUUAACACAGGCUACCAACAGAAUGUCAUAUCCCAAGAAUGCUUCAGACGUCUCGGGCUUACAGAAAUGCAGAAGAUCAGCAGUAAAGAAUCAUGUCACAGGUUUCCUUUUGAUACUACGUUCAUGGGUCAAGUGGAGAAGCUGGAGAUCACCAUAGGGUCAGCAAAACUCAAGUGUUCUGCACUUGUCAUUGAAGAUAAGACAUUUGAAUUGUGCCUUGGAUUAGAGACAUUGCUGAACCUAAAAUGCUGCAUAGACCUGGAAAGAGGUUUCCUGAAGCUCGGAAAAUCGGACGAAGAGAUUCCCUUCCUGGAAAUGUCUUCAGAGGCCCAGGAUGAGACUUGCUAAAAUGGGACAACAGCGUGAACCUUCUUCAGUUUUCAUCUUGAAUCAGCCUUACUGUUUGACAAACUGUAUUGUUCCUCCAGCUGCCAUAGUCUUUGUUUUCUGAAUGUUUUUGUCCUCUUUAUUUUUCUUUUUUAAGGGAAAGAAAUAGUCAGCAAAGUAUGAGCCAGCAAAACACAGCAUUCAGCCUCCAUUGCCUUUCUGAGACACCCACAAAAUUAAUGCUGCUAGACUUUUGCAAGGGUAAAGAAGCCAAGCAACUCCUCUUGAUUUACUUAUCAAUUAUUUCAUUGCCAAAACAGCUACUGAUUAAUUAUUUUUAAAGCUUCAACAAAGAUUCUUUCAAAUAAUAUGUUUUUUAAAGCAAAAAAGUAAAAUUUUCUAAUGUAUUACAUUGAAAAUAAGUAUAUGAAAAGUGGAUCCAAAGGCAAAGAGGAAAGGAACUAAUUAUUUAAGGGAUGGAGGGAGAUGGAGUGCUCUGAUCCUCUUACGUUUUAUCUAUGAAUACCCCUGUAUUAUGCUGCCUGCUUUAAAGAAGAAAAAAAAUGUUUGUAUACUAAUAAAUGUGCACAAACUCAUCACAUUCCAGUCCAAAAGAGAAAACUGUUAAGAAUAAUUUAUUAUUCAUUCUAAUAGUUGUCACUGAACUUGUCUAAGAGUUCAAAUAGUUGAAAUGCUUGGGUGUUUUUGACUCAGAUAUAGAAUAUCUAAACUCUUCUGCCUUUAUCAUAUGGCCUGCAUGCAUGCAGCCAUCAGUAAAGAAUUUUCUCAGAAGAAUUCAGAAGUGGACUUUUUAAGUGUGACCUACAUGUACCAUGGAAAAUACCACGGUGAUCUCACGCUCAACAGAACGAGUAAUGGUGCAUCAACAUAGAAACAGCUAAGCCUCCAGGGAUUCAAGUGAGUGACGCUCUUGUAAACGAUCAGCUUGUUCUCACUGUGUCACCUCAUGAAAGAGCAGUCUUUCCCAGCAGUGACCAUGAUGCAUUUGGGCUCUAAGCACAUGUGAGCCAGCAUGUUAAUAUCACAAUUCGGUAUACAGUAGAUGAAUGGGAAACCUGCAGUUUGUGCACAAGCGUCACUCUGUGUUAGGUAAUUAGAAGAACAAUUUUUUAUGUUUCAGUUUUAUAUUAAAAAAAUAUGUGUUUUGUAAAUAUCAAAACUUGUGAUAAAAAAAAAGAAAAUGACAUAUAAAACAUAUAAACAGAUUAUUCACUUUAACACUAACAACUGCUGUUUUUUAGGAGUCCCCAACAUUAUUUUAACAUUUCUCUGUAAUAUUUCAAAUAAAAGCACAUUUCUAAAAUAAUUCAAUAAAGAAAAUAAACUUCUUCUUAUACACAACAAAUAUGAUAACUGACUAUAUCGGGAGGGACAAUCUAUUCAUUAAGCCAGUUUGAAUUUAUAGAGUUCCAUAAUACACAGAAAACAUAUCACAGUGGUGUACAUAAAGAUCAUAAAAUUGCAAGUCAAGUUGCUGGGAACUGCAUGUAACUCAGUGCCCACUUUGAAGACAACAGAUGCAAUAUGACAUACUGUAUGCUCCCUAAACCUCACAUAUCUUGGAUAGAGUAACUGAGUGUUAAAGAAUCUUUUAGGGUAGUAGUGACACAGGAACCUGGGAAUGAAAUGUAGACACUGAGAAAAAAGUAUACUUUUCAAAGAGCAGUGUAUAACGGAAUCGCAAGCUUGACACUUCCUUAAACACAGCGUCUUCUCACUUUAUUGAGGUGCUGGUAGUGAUGGAUUUAUCUGGUAAAGAAACUCCUUUAGACAUAAAUUCUCUUUAUCAAUGGACAGAAUACUCCUUAAAAUAAGGAAGUCUAGACCAAGUGUUAAUUACGAGAUUACUGAGAAACAGGAUUCAAAAUUAGCAAACAUGUAUGGUUUACGCAACAGAAUACAAAGUUGUUCGCCCAAUUAACUGCAAGCUGCUUCUUUUUUGUCUUAUUUUGGCUGCUCACAUUAGGGGUUGCCACAGCGGAUUGUCUUCUUCCAUAUCUUUCUGUCCUCUGCAUCUUGUUCUGUCACACCCAUCACCUGCAUGUCCUCUCUCGCCACAUCCAUAAACCUUCUCUUAGGCCUUCUUCUUUUCCUCUUCCCUGGCAGCUCUAUCGUUAGCAUCCUUCUCCCAAUAUACUCAGCAUCUCUCCUCUGCACAUGUCCAAACCAACACAAUCUCGCCUCUCUGACUUUGUCUCCCAACCAUACAACUUGAGUUGACCCUCUAAUGUACUCAUUUCUAAUCCUAUCCAUCCUCGUCACACUCAAUGCAAAUCUUAGCAUCUUUAACUCUGCCACCUCCAGCUCUGUCUCCUUCUUUCUGGUCAGUGCUACAGUCUCUAACCGAUAUAACAUAGCUGGACUGCACUACUGUCCUUUAGACCUUCCUUUUCACUCUUGCUGAUACACGUACCAUAAUCAGUGACCUGAAAUUUUUGAAAAUAUUUUUUUUUGCUUAAGAAAAUACUUUUCUUCAUGCAGUAAUCAUUUUUUUUUUAAAUAACAUUCAGAAAAUCAAAGGUUACCUUUUAUAAAAUUUUAUGACACAAGCACACCAUCUUGGGAACAGUGGCCUCUUGGCUAGCAACUGUUGUGGUAAGAAAUUAAUUUUUCUAUAACACUGCCAUUCAAAGUUUUACAGAAACCAGUUUGUCCUCCAUGACUCCCCCAAGUGAUCCAUAAUGUCUCCAAAUUCAUAUCCUAUUUUUUGUUUAUGCGGUGCACACACCUGGGUCUGAACAAUCAUAAUCAAAUUAUUUAACAAUAGACCUUUUCUAUUUUUUUGGAGGGGACAUCCACAAAAAAUCAAGUUUUGGAAUAUCUGUAUAUUGUAAAUUGUUGGUGACCAUUACCUGUCUCCCUGAAAUUGUUUUUCCAAAUUAGAGGUGUCCGAAAACGUGUCAUAGGUACUAACAUCCCACAACCUGGAAAAUGCAAUCUCAAACGCUUAAAUUUCUUUUUUCUCUAUUAAAAAAAUACAGCCAGCAUCAAGAAAACAGUAUUAUCGUCCACUCAGCUAAACUGGGAACAUAAAGACGCUUCUUAAAGUGAGUCGUGUAGAGAUAUUUUGACGUAGGCAGUUUCAUUUCACUAAACCUAUGUACAGUAUAUAUCCCGUAUUCUAAGCAGUCUGUGAUGGACUGGCUCUCUUUUAGAUUUAGUAUCUCCUUGUACACAAUGCUGCUGGCACACGCUUUGCUGCUAUCCAACUCUGAAUUGGGUUAAGCUGGUCUGAGGAUGUUCCAUGCAACGCUAUUUAGCUCCUCACAAGUCAACAGUAAUAUCUCUUGCAGAGGGUUCACUUUGGCUAUAUGUCUCUUAAUGAAUUCCUUUCAACUCAUAAUUUAGGCCAGUAAAUAUAGACCAGAUCUGUCAACAUGUCCAAAUAAUGUCCCUUGAAAGAAAUCUCCACUUGCAUUGGUAUGACCAAAAUCUGAAACUGUAAGAAUAUGUAGGAUGGGCACUAUUGACCAAAGGUGAUACUUUAGACCCUUGUUCCAUUGCUGGCUGGAGUGCCUUCUUGUGCAUGUUCUUAUGGGAUACAACUAGAAACCCAAUUUCUCCUAUAAUACAAAGACAUGCUGUUAAUUGGAACUGAGUGUGAGGCCAGAAAGGAAAAAAAUCAUUCACUUGCAGCAAUAACCUGCGGCUUUGGGACAGACUGUGAGGCAUGGUCACUGCAGGUAUUUCAGUGCUCUAUUGGAUUUCAAUGCAACAUAGAAUCCGAGAUGGGAUAUAUGACAAAAUAUAUUGCAUUCUUUAUUAAUCUUUUAAAAUAUUAAAGAUCAGCCACCCAUUACUUUUAAGCUCAUAUUAUCAAAUCUACUAUUUCAUUUUCUAAUUCAAGUUUAGGGUUAUGGGGCACCCGGCAGUAUCCAUGGAGGGGGCACCAGUCCUUAAACGCAGUGCUAAAGUAAUUAUUGUGUAAUUAUUCUGAGUAACAGUUUAUUUAAUAAGUGACUAGAGUAAGUAAGUACACACUUCUUCUAGCUUUUUCAUUUUAGAUUGUGUGGAUAUAUAGUACAUCCUAUUAUUCCGAUUACGCAGUAAGAACACCCUUAAUAUUUUUUCAUAUUCAGUUAAACUAAACUAAAUUGUGACACAAAUUUCUAUCAGAAAAGGUCAUAACAAAAUCUAGCAAGUGUUAAAUCAAAUGAUAAAGCUAUGUGACAGAGUACUUUUUGUGACCGAGCCGGACAAAUACUGAGGUGCAUGGUUCAUGUUUUUAUUUCACGCAACAAUGAUUUUUACCUUUGAAAGUGGAAACUAGCCUCAGGACUAAAGGAGAAUGUCAACAGAAUGACAAUUGGGUCUUUUAAAGUGUCCCUUGCUUUUUUAACUUGCAGUUACUUUUUAUCAUUUAUUCAGUUAAAUAACUGAAACUGUAUUAGGCAAAUUAGCCAAAGGAAAAAUGCUCAGGUCAUACAUUUUGGUCACAGGCUAGGGCACAGAUUUUUACUGCUCAUACAGUCUCAGAUAGUAUAUAUACUGUAUAUAUCUACACACGUACAUAUAAGUACACAUGACUUUGAACGCCUCCCUUGCUGAUACUAAAGUUCAUCACAUAUUCUGGAUUAUAACAUAGAUAGAUAGACAGAUACUUUAUUAAUCCCAGGGGGAAAUUCACAAACACAGUAGUGUUACAGCCUUAGACCCGAGACCCUGAGGUUAUGGGCUCAAAUCCUGGUACCAACACUAUGUGACCAUGAGCAAGUCACUUCAGGUGCCUGUGUUCCAACUGCAAAAAUAUAAGAAAUGUAACCAAUAGUAUUUCAAAUGUUGUAAGUCAUCUUGGAUAAAAGUGUCAGACAAAUAAGUAAAUAAUAACUUUGGAUGGAUUAUGAGUUUUUAAAAUUUUAUAUUUGUAGGGCCUAUGUCUAUAACUUUGGAUGGAUUAUGAUUUUUUUAAUUUGUAUUUUACUAGGGCAUGUUUGAUUCUUCCAAAUAUAAAAUAACCUUUGACAAUGUUCCAUGCUGCUAGAAGUGUAAGAAGGGAAAAUAAUACAAAUAACUCCAUCCACCCAUUCAUCUGUUAUUAAAUCCAAUUCAGGGAUCAGGUUAAAGUAAGAAUCAACCCAAGACUGGAUGUUGGUGAUAAGAUAAUGGUGAAAUUUAAAAAAAUACCAUGGUGCAAUGAAUAUAGCAAUGCUUCCUCAUUGCUCAGAGAGUCUAAGUCUGGAUUUUUUGGCUGUGAGUUCCAUCAUGGGAACAGUUAAUAUAUUAACACACCUACUGUAUUUUUGUACAGUACUCUUGUUUCCUUUUCGUUGUAAAAGAAUCAGGAAGAUUACUCCUAACUACAGUUGUUCCAGGGUUUGCAUUUUUCAGUUAAUAUUUGGGAUGCAAGGAAUGGAAAGUUAAAACUGGUGACAGACCUACCUGAACAUCAACAAUCUUCAAGCGUUUUAUUUAUAGUCUUGUCAAGCUAAAGGGAAUGUGAAAGCCAAUGGCAGCCAGGUUUCAUAGGCCUUGGUCAAAGGCUCAAGCAAAAAGGUGAUGACAAGCUAAAAAGAAAAUAUCUUGAUCAGAUUGUGUUGAUCAAGCUGAUCAACCAUUUACCUUUUUGCAUUUUACGAUUCUUUUCUUUUCUCUAUGAGCCAUUUAAUGUUUUGUUAGUAGGAGUGUAUACUGCAUUCUUUUGUCUCUAACUUUUUUAUUUAUUUAAAUAGUACUGUAUUGUCUUGUUUAUAUAUACUCAUUGUCUGGUCAGAUGAGUUAAGAGUAGCACAUUUCAAAGCAGCGUGGCUUACAAAUAAAGGAUUUUUUGAAACUGCACAAUUUAAAGACAUAGGUUUUCUAUCAUAAACAUUUUCUUCCAUAGCACAAACUAGUGAGGUCUCCAAAAAAAUUCUUGAAAAAAGGUAGAAACCUACCUGGUCUUCGCAGCAGAGACAGCCUUAACUUCAGCCAGGACUUAAGGCAACCUACUGGCUGCAAGCUGGUGCAGGCCCAAAACAAGUAGCUGGCAAAACAACCAAAUAAAAAUAAUGCCAAAUAACAAACUACCAUAAAAGCCCUAAAAAUGGAAAGGUGACUGUGAACCUUUGGCUUGUUAUUAAAGGGUUAACAAUGAAUCUAUGCAUAAAAAGAUUUCUUAACAAUCAGGACCUCAAAAAAGAAUCAAAAGCACAAAUGGACUUGCCUAAAAAUAGGCAAUCCAGAAGUAACCAAUGUCACAAUACAUAAUCCAAGGAGAGUAGUCACAAACAGUUCGGAGAAGGUCAAAUUCUAGUAAUAUUGCAGCAAAUUAAAUGUAAAACAUGGGAGAGCACUCACCAGCACCAAGCUAUAACAUCUCACGGAACUGCUUGUCUGCUCAGCCUUUAUAGAGCUGGGGGCAGUCCUUAAGUGGAGAUGGCCAGGUGGCCCCGCCCCUUGGGGAACCACCCACAAAUCACAACAAACAUAACAAAACACAUACUUCCUUAUAGAAACACAAUUACACAAAGCUGAAAUGUUAUGAACAUAAAAGACAUAAAAAGCAUAAGCAGAAAAUACAUGACAUGAACUGGUAGACCAAUAAUAACUAAUUAUUGAGGAUAAUAAAAUUUUAAACUCUGUCUUUCCUGUCUCCUCUGACAGCCAUUCAACUGUGUUCAAAGGCUGUUUCUGCCACAUCAAAAGUUCAUUCACACGACUACGUAACGUAGAUGACCCUUAGCACAACAGUAAAAUCAAUUUCUUCUAUGACUCCCAUUCACCACCCGAGAAGAGUAAUGUGUUUUUUAUAAAUAUGGCAUGCGGCAUAUUUUCAAUAUAAAAGUACACCACUAUGUGCAUUAACGCCUACCCUUUCCUGUUUUCUGAUGACAAAGCUUAUCAGAAGUCUACUGUGGAGCAUAGGGCAUGGUUGUCUGCUUAGAGCUGUCUCUUAUUGAACCAGUGUGCAAGAUGGGGUUUCGUCAUAAAUUAACAAUGGCAAAAUUUAUAUGUGUUAAAAUGUAUGUGAAUGUUUAAUGUGUGAGAUGUGUGUGUUAUAUUAAUAUAACAUGAUAGACGUGUGGUAUUAAUGGCAAAAACGGAUGUUGUUAACCCACAAAAAUACAGUACAUAGAAAAUAUGCCUGAAUUGAGAUAUAUCUCUGCAAAAACUCAGGUGUGAAUGAGUCCUUCCGUAAACUAAAUGUGUGGCAGUUGAUGUCAUUCACUUCUCUGCACAAUAAAGAACAGCCAAUAAUACAACAUUUGAGGCCAGGGCACAAAAAAUCACCCUGGUGGCUGAAAAACCAGGUACAGUGCUUUUACACUGCUAAGAUAUUCUUUGUCUUUUGUUGCACCAAAUGAAGACAUGUAAGAUGUAAGCCAUAAGAUCUGUGGACAAAGUCUGAAUGAGUUUUGCAUUUUGCUGUUAAACAGUUGGUUAAAACAUCUUCUGUCUUGGAUGAUAUAAACCAUGGCAGGCUUAUUGUGCAUGUUAACAGAUUGGCAAAAAUUGUGCUUCAGUCUUUUUGCAGCUUGUUUAACUUAAGGAUGAAAACGCUGCAGCAGUCUAGACAGCUGGUAUGAGAAAGCUGUAAAACAAUUCGGCUUUCUGAUGCUCACAAAAAUGUUUUAAAAUAUUUGUUCAUAUUAAAUCUAUUGAAUGAUUAUCUAAAGGUCAUUUGUUUAGUGGAAAUGGGCUUGGUGGGACCUUUAAGUGUCAGCACCAGGUUACUAUAUCACAUCUGGGUCUGAAGCAGAAAAUAUAGAAUU